AGAUGUGAACUGGGAGAAACCCGGAUGUCACCUAUCUCCGGGUCCACUGAGGGGCCAGGACCCGGAUGUGGACUAGAAGGGACCCGGAUGUCACUUUCUUCCAUGUCCACUGACCCGGAUGUGGCAUGGAGAAACCGGAUGUCACUUUCCUCCAGAUGCACUGAUGGGUCAGGAUCCGGAUGUGGACUAGGAGGGACCCGGAUGUCACCUUCCUUCAUGUCCACUGAGGGGCCAGUACACGGAUGUGGACUGGGAGGGACCCGGAUGUCUCCCUCAUUCGUGUCCACUGACCCAGAUGUGGCCUGGGGAACCCGGAUGUCACUUAUCUCCAGGUCCACUGAAGGGCCAGGACCCGGAUGUGGACUGGGGGACCCGGAUGUCACCCUCCUCCGUGUCCACUCUCCCGGAUGUGGCGUCAGGGACCCAGAUGUCACUUAUCUCCAGGUCCACUGAGGGGCCAGGACCCGGAUGUGGACUGGGGGACCCGGAUGUCACCUAUCUCCAGGUCCACUGAGGGGCCAGGACCUGGAUGUUGCAUGGGGAACCCGGAUGUUAUGUAAGUCCGCGUCCAUUAACCCGGAUGUGGACUGUGGCAGGGACCCAGAUAUGUGCUGGGCAGGACCCGGAUAUCACAUCCACAGGCCUGGCUGUGGCGUGUGGAGUCCCGGAUGUCAUGCUCCUCUCCUUCCACUGACAGGGUCUAGGACCCAGAUGUGGUGUGGGGAUCCCGCAUGUCAGGUCCCUCCACAUCCACUGAGGGUCCAGGACCAAGAUGUGGAAUGGGAACUACCCAGAUGUUAGGGACCUCCAGGUCCAUGAACCUGGAUGUGGGGUGAGUACCCAGAUGUUAGGGACCUCCAGGUCCAUGAACCUGGAUGUGGGGUGAGUACCCAGAUGUUAGGGACCUCCAGGUCCGUGAACCCGUAUGUGGGGUCGGUACCCAGAUGUUAGGGAUCUCCAGGUACGGGAACCCAGAUGUGGAGGCGAGUACCAGGAUGUUACUUAACUCCAGGUCCACUGGCAGGCGCCAGGACCCGGAUGUGAGGGGUUUGGACCCGGAUGUGAGGGUUGGGACCCAGAUGUGAGGGGUUGAGACCCAGAUGUGAGAGGUGGAACCCAGAUGUGGGCGGAGCGGGCACUCCACACCUUGGCCCCGGGCUCCAGCUGCGCUUUGGCCGUUGGGGUCCUUUCCCAGACUCGGAGGCAAUAAAGCAGCCAUGCUGCUUCUGGAUGGAAUUCUUCCUCACUUCCGCCCCCCAGCGCAGGCCAAGCCCUCCUGAGUCCCUCACUUCCUCCCCAGCCCAGGCCACACCCUCCUGAGCUCUGGCACGCCCUACUGAGCACAGGCCACGCCCCCUGGGCACAGGCCACGCUCCCUGACGGUCCUGACUCUUAUUGCAGCCCUCCAUGUAGUUCUCGAGGUUUCCCUCCUCCCCUUCCUCCUGCCUCUGCCAGGCCUGGCAAUUUCUUGGCGCCCAGCCCAGCAACUCCAGGCUUUUCCCUUUCUUCCCUGCCUUCCCCUUCAGCACCACAUCCUGUUCCUUUCCAAGGAACAAGGGGACUUUUAUUUUGGAGGGGGGUUGUGGAGUUCUGGCUGCUGGAGUGACGUGGACAUUUGACCCCUGCGAGCUUCCUGGCUGGCAGGGAGAGCAGCAGGCCCAGGCGCUGAUGGCAGAGAACUGUGGAUGUCGCACAGCAGCUGCGCAGCCCCACCCCUCGCCUUCCUCCUCCUCCUCCUCCCCCCUGGCCCCUGCGCAGGCCCCGCCCCCUCGCGCCCCAACUUCCUGCUGCUCUUGGCCGACGACCUGGGCCUGGGCGACCUGGGCAGCUUCGGGAACCGCAGCCUGCGCACCCCGCACCUGGACGGCCUGGCCCGGGAGGGCGUGCGGCUGACCCAGCACCUGGCGGCAGCGUCCGUCUGCAGCCCGAGCCGUGCGGCCUUCCUGACGGGAUGCUACCCUGUGCGCCUGGGCAUGGUGACCACCAACGGGGCGCGCGUGCUGCAGUGGGCAGCCGUGUCGGGCGGGCUGCCCACCUCCGAGAUCACCUUCGCCAAGAUCCUGCAGGAGCAGGGAUAUGCCACCGGCCUCAUAGGCAAAUGGCACCUGGGCCUCAACUGUGAGUCCCCCACUGACCACUGCCACCACCCCCUGAACCACGGGUUUGACUCCUUCUUCGGGGUCCCCUUCACCCUGAUGGGGGACUGCCUGCAAGCGGAGCCCUCGGAGAAGCGAGCGCGUCUGCAAGGGCCCCUGGACCUGGGGGCUCAGCUGCUGCUGCUUUCCCUGCUCUGCCUGGCCGCUGGGAAGGUCACGGGCCUGCUGGGCCUGCGCUGGGUGCCCUGGGUGCUGGGCCCCGGAUGUGGGGCCUUGCUCCUGGCCUGCACCUCCCGCCUCCUGGGUAUCUUCAUCGUCCAUGCUGACUGCUUCCUGAUGAGGGAUCACCAGGUCGUCCAGCAGCCUCUGAGGUUUGAGGCCAGCGCGGGGCUCUUCUUGCGGGAGGCUGAGGCCUUCAUCCACAGGCACCAGGCCCGCCCCUUCCUCCUCCUCGUCUCCUUCCUCCACGUCCACGUCCCGCUGGUCACCUCACCUGCCUUCCGGGGCCGCAGCGCGCACGGCGCCUACGGCGACAACGUGGAGGAGCUUGACUGGAUGGGCGACUGCUGGCAGCGCUGGACGGUGCGGGGCUGGGGCGCCGCACCCUCGUCUACUUCACGUCGGACCACGGUGCCUCACUGGAGGCCCGGGCUGGGGGCGCCCGCCUCGGGGGUUCCAACGGCGUGCACCGAGGUGGCAAAGGCAUGGGCGGCUGGGAGGGCCGCAUCCGGGUCCCUGGGCUGGUGCGCUGGCCCAGGACACUGCCCGCAGGGCGCCUGGUGCCUGAGCCCACCAGCCUCAUGGACCUGUUCCCCACCGUGGUGCGCCUGGCCGGGGGCUGGGUUCCGGCGGACAGGCCACACGGUGUGGAAGCUGCACUUCGCCACUCCACGCUUCGAUCCGCCGGGCUCGGGCACCUGCCUCGGUUUCCCUGCCUGCGCCUGCUCGGGGCGGCGAAUGACCCGCCACCGGCGGCCACUGCUCUUUGACCUGACGGCGGACCCGGGGGAGACCCGCCCGCUGCAGGGCCUGAUGGCGACGCGCAGGCGCGUGGAGGCCGCGGUGGCCCGGAUGCUGCGCAUGCGCCGCCCCCUCGCGGCCCCGCCCCUCGCCCCUGCACACAACACCUGGAGCCCGCGCCUGCAGCCCUGCUGCUCGCCCGGACUGCUCUGUGCCUGCGACCACCUGAUCCCCGACCUCUGACCCCGACCCGACCCCAACCACCAACUUCCCUGGGGCUACGGCAGAUCCUGGCCUGCGCCUCUCACAUCCGGGGACUCACAUCCGGGUAUUAAACAUCUGGGUAUACUCAAAUACAGAAAUUCCCACAUCCGGGGAUUCCCACAUACAGACUCUAACAUCCAGAGAUUCCUACAUCCGGGGAUUCCUACAUCCGGGGAUUCUCACAUCCGGGGAUUCUCACUUCUGGUGACACAUCCGGGGAUUCCCGGGGAUGUAUUUACACAUCUGGGGAAUCCUACAUCCGGGGACUUUUACACCCGGGGAUUCUCACAACCAGAGACUCUCACAUCCGGGGACUUUUACAUCCGAGGAUUCUCACAUCCAGAGACUCUCACAUCCGGGGAUUCCUACAUACAGACUCUCACAUCCAGAGAUUCUCACAUCCGGGGAGUCUCACAUCCGGAAAUUCUCACAUCCAGAGAUUCUCCCAUCCAGAGAUUCCCACAUCCGGGGAUUCUCAUAUCCGGGGAUUCCCACAUCCGGGGAUUCUCAGACCGGGGAAUUCCCACAUCUGGGGAAAUCUCACACCCGGGGAUUCC